GACAUGGACACGGUCAUCGCCGUGCACAACUCCAUGAACGAGGCGACGUGGGCGAAGAUCCUCGAGUGGGAGGCGCUGAGCGACCCCGGCGCGGCCGCGGCGCCGCGGCUCGCGCGGUUCACGGGGCGGCCGACGGAGCACAGCCCCAAGGCCUGGCUCAAGCAGCUCUUUGGGCACCCGAAGCCCUUCGACCGCCACGACUGGAUCGUGGUUAGGGGGGACGGCGCGGAGGUCCGCUACGUCAUCGACUACUACUCGGACGAGGCCGCGACGGCGCGCGACGAGACGCCCAAGACCAUGCACGACGUCGGCGCCGUCAAGUCGAUCCUGCUCGACGUGCGCCCGGCCCUCGACUCGCCGGCGGCGCUCUGGGACCGCGUC